CACCUGUUCGAGAUAUUAUCUCUCUCUCUAAAACUCGUUCACAAUCUCUCUCUCUCUCUCUAAAACCGUUCACAAUCUCUCUCUCUCUCUGUUCAGUUAUCAACAUCUUCAAAUCUUUAGAAUCUGGGCUGCGUGAUAUCUCUAUUGGCAUUCGAGGCAUUUGAUUCCGAUCUUGCAACGGAAGCUAGGGUUUUGAACUUCUCUGAUUUUCUUCGGAUUUGAUUUGCCGAUAAUAAUUUUGUUAUGGCUUAUCGUAGAGGACGAGAUUUGUUUAACGGCGACGGGAUCGAUCCAGUGGAUCCAUUGAACGGUGAGGAUUUUGAUGAUUCUUCGUCUGUGGACAGUGCCUCUUCAUGCGGAGGAGGUCGAUCCAGCGCGAGUUCUACUUUUCCGGGAGAGUACGGCGGUUCGAGGCGUGAGGUUGGGCUGACGGAACGGUUGACUGAUAUUCUUGUUGACGAAGGCGACGGAGAUCUGUUGAUUCAGCAGACCAAUCGGGAAGACCGGCUGUUGCAGUGGUUGCAGGCUCUUGAUAUGCAAGUUAUGGGGGCAUGUCGCGCAGACGAGCGUCUGAAACCCUUGCUGAAGAUGAACACUGCCUGUGGCGUCACCGAAGAUCCCCUCCUGACUCAAUUAACUCAGCAUUUCGAACCGUCGGAGGUUGGUAUGUUAGUCAGAUGCUUCUGCGUGCCUCUUGUUUCGAUCCGCGUUGGAAAGAUCAACCAGGAAGGCACUCGCUUAUGCCCUACUGCUAUUAGGGGUAACUUGACACUUGUAUUACUGCCAAGUUCUGAUCUUCGUCUCUCACUCAUUGGGGAUGAUGGUAAAACUGAGAGGUUAUUCACCCUCACCAGCAAAUCCCAGUGCUCUGCUGUUGUGGUUGAUGAAAUCCCAUCCGAUAGUUCUGGUCGUUCCUUCCUAGUAAGGACUCCAGAUAGCAGAACUUUUUACUUCUGGUGCUCAGAAAAGUCUAAGCUUUUGGGAAUUGAAUUGCUUGCCAAGAUGAAGGAUUUGCUCAGGAGGAAACCAUCCAUUGCUGAGUUGAGUGGUAUUAGCAAGUCACGGCUUGACUGCUUUGCAACUCAACUUCGUGCUUUUCUUGUGGGAUCAACUGGGGGCAGUAGUCAUGAUAAUUCAGUUUGUGCUUCAGCAUCUGCUAAUUCCACGGCUUGCUGUACUUUUUCAUUUGAAAAUUCGCAAUCUUCAUCAUCAAAAUUUCCCCGUUCUCGACAUAUUGGAGGUCAGACAGCAAAGGGAGAUACAACGCUUUUCCAGAGUAUUCUUAGUCCAAGAUCAAGUUCUUUUAAAGAGGUUCCCCCAAGAAACUUGUCUUCCCACAGGAUUGCUGCGAGGGAGAAAAUAAAGCGUCGUGGUGACAGUCAUCAGCCAGCAGCAGACAGCUUGACAAAUGAUUCAACAAACUUCUUGGAUUUAUCUUUGAAUUCUGAUCAUGACAAAGCUUCUGAAGUUACCAAAACCCUUGCCUUUUCUCCAAGUUUUCUGGGAUCACUAGGAAAGCUUACUGUUCCAUCAAGCCUUGGGCCAGGGAGGGAAGUCCCUCCCCUGGUGUCACCCCUUUUUUCUCCUUACUAUUGUUGGUGUCCCCCUGGGAUUUCUACUUAUCCGUCCAUUGCAGCACUUCCACAAUCUCCUGGUUCAACUGUUGAAUCACUUCAUCUUCCCCCAGGCGCCUCUUUAUUGCCAAAUAGUCUUUCAGCUAGCCUGUUGGAACCAGUACAGUCCCUUAAUCUUAGUACCUCAAUGGACUUUCCUCCAUUUCUGCCUGAUCCAUUGGUCAGAAUGUCAUUACCAACUUCUCAGCAGAUUCCCACUUUCACACCAUUAAUGUGUGAUCCAAUUGUUCACGUCCCGGUGAUAGAUGUGUGCUCUUCAGGUCAGGGUUAUUUUGUGACUGCUGGUCCUGCUAUUUCAGCUAGCAUUCCACCAUUGCAUCCAAAGCUUGUGAAGCCACUUAUUUCUGAUUCUGAUGCUGUGGUGAAGGGUGCAAGAGAGACUCUAAGGUUGCUGAUUAGUGGUUCAAGCCAGGGUAACCAACAGUUGAUGAUGGACACUUUGCCAGCAAUUUUAACUAAUCCGGAUGAAAAAAACAACGUAUUCGUUGCUGGCAGCCGUGGUCUUUAUAGAGGAACCAGGGAUAUUAAUGUUAUUGCAAACAGCAUUGCUGCCAUGGGAUUAGUAUCACUUUCUGAGGUUCCCAAAGGAGAGAGUGAUUUGGAGGUAUGUACCAACUGCGAAAUUUUGGAAGCAGUGAAGAAAUCCAAUGAUUCAGUCUUGGAUGAUGACGGCGGGUCUUUGGAUUUCGAGCAGUAGUAGUGACGGAUGCAGUUAUGUUUUACCUUUGUGGUGUAUCUCUUUUGUCCAGAAAAUGUAGAUAUGUUCUGCAGUAGUCCUUUUCAAUGGUUUAGUACGAAUUUUAAUGGUUUAGUUCUUCUUCUUCCUUGAUUGUUAAUUGAUUAGAAAUUUAAAAUUGUGAGUUAGGUUUUGGCCAGCAGGAUACGCGUUUUCAGUGCAUUUGUGUAGUGGUCUUCAUGCGAAAUGGGUAUAUGCAAAGUAAUCAAAAAUUCUGUCAAUCAAAUUGAA